UUUGACUUGCUGACAGAUUUGGUGAGUUACAAGAUCGAGUUUAAAUAGGCCCAGUUGUUCUUCAUUCUAUGUAGGCCCGGUAAUGGUUCGCGUUGUCAACCCGCUUGUUAAAUUGUUUCUGCACAUGCUGGUCGCAUUCGCAGUCGACUAGUCCGGUAAGAAUACCAAGUGCUCAGUUUGGCAAAGCAUCCGACCCAGUUUAACCGAGGUCUAACUUCACCGAGGCCUGCAAAUGCCGUCAACCAUGCUGCCGAUCAAGUAUAACGUCAGGUGGGGACACUCGAACAAGAGCAACCACAGUUCUUUGAUGAACCAGUCGGACAUGUUUGCAAAGUACAAGAAGAAAGUACGGGCCGUACUCCAGAAGAAUAGGCUCCUUGCAAAAGCACUCGGGGAUGCCAAAGUGAAAAUUGGCGAGUUGGAGGAUGCCAGCAGCCGACAGCAAAAGAUUGACAACCUUGUGUUGCCUCAGGUCAAGUUGUGGCUUGAGACAAACCUGCAACACAUGCACACCAUGGUGACCAACCACUCGCGAGCCAUCAAGAUGUUGCAGGACAUAAUGACACCCGGAGUGGACAUCUCUCUCGCAGGCAUCUCUGACCUGGACCUGUCGUCUGCUCAGGAACGGAGGCACUCUCUGCAUCCACCAGGCAGGCAGUACGACGAAUUUGGGAACAUCACGGUGAUUCUCGAGGAAGACGAGGCCACGAUUUCCAGGUCGGAACAACCACAAGACUCCGGCACGAAUGGAACAGAGCCUGAGCCCGACUUGUGCUCCAAAGUCACGGUGCGCAGGAAGAGCCGCAAAACAAGAUCAUCAGCUGGCACGCGUGCCAGCCUCUCCGAUGAGCCUGUUGACUCUGCUUUCGAACCUGCGGUGCCAACGUUUAAAGUGGUCGAUGAGGAAGCCUCAAUUCUCUUGAAGGAGGUCACAGGACAAGAGAAGACUGUCGUCUGUGCCGAGUCUGUAGUUAUGCCACCUCCAGACAAGGUGAAAGGGCCCAGCGUGAACGAGUACAGUGCAGCCUUCAGCUAUAGGCCAAAGAUCCCGCGCACUCCCGACACCAUCAACAAAGACGGCAGCUUCUAUUGCUGCAAUGAAGACAGCUUCAGCAGCCCCGUGCAAACACGUCAGAGGCAGAGACUGUCUGAAAUUCCUCUGCAGCCAUGGCCUAGAAAGUCUGAACCUCUGCGUAGGGGUUCGCGCAGUACCAGGCGACGUGGGCUCGCAGAGCACAUCGUCUCAAACAGUUCCUCGCCAUUGUCAUCAGAGUCUCUGUUGGAGUGCGCCUUCGUUGAGUCACCCACCUCUACUCCACCGCCUCGAGGCAGUCACGCAGCUGCUCCCGAAGAGACCGUGCCCAUUGAUGAGGACGCGGCUGUCGGAGAACAGGCACCACGGAAAAACGCAGCAAGAAAGUCUUGCAUCUCGCGACCCAGUGAUACCAAGAAGCCAUCUCGUGUGACUUUUGUUGUCAACAAGGUGAAAGAAAGUAUGGCUGCUCGACAAGAAGGCCCACAGCACCCUAUGCCCAUCACUGCAGACUCCGAGGAGCCUCCGAAAGAACCUUGCAGCGCGACGAUUUUCAUUCACAAAAAAGAAGAAACUAUUGAUGCAAGACUCGAAGGCCUGGGUGACGCGCCACCUUGUGCUGCAAACUCCGAGGUGCACAAUGCUGAAGGCAGUGGCGACGUGCCACAAAAACAGAAGAGCGACAGCGAGAACAUUGGCACCGCAGCAGGAAAGGAAGCUUCGCAAAAAGUAGCCCGGCUCUCCAAGCAGGCCCGUCGCACCGGCAAGAAAUCGCGUGACAUAAUUCGCGACGCCAGCCCCACGGAAACGGAACCUCCUCAGCGCAGUGGCAACCUGCCCAGGCCAGAGCUGAUGGACAUCGGGGCCAGUUCCUCAACAGACGAAGAUGGGGCCCUGCGCUCUUCGAUGGGUCGACCAUCCAGGAGGAAGUUGCAGCCCAAGAGCUACAGAGAGCCAUAUUUUUUGAGAAAACUUCGGCGACCAUAACAUGGAAAAUGGCCACCUGUAUUGUAUAUAGUUUUAAAUUAUGCCGCCAUGUGU